AUGGCAGAGGAAACGAACCGUAUGCGAAAAGAAACAUAUUGGGAGAACCAAAACCUGGUUGGAUACUUUGAGGUUGAUGAACUGCGCCAAACACUUGCAACCAAUGUCAUGAAGAGAAUGAAGUAUCACUUUGCUCGAUACGGACUACCUGAGAUUGUCGUCUCGGACAACGGUUCCCAAUUCUCAUGUGUCGAGUUUCAGAACUUUGCAGAAAAAUAUGACUUCAGACAUCAGCCCAGUAGUCAUGGAAACUUUCAAGCCAUCGGAAAACCUGAGGCUGCAGUAAAAUCAGCAGACUAUCAUCAAAAAAGCUCUGGCGUCAGGAAGGGAUGUGUAUCUGGCACAGCUUGGUCACAGGAACACACCCACCCAAGGACAGAACACAAGCCCUUAAGAUCCAGCAGCGACAGGAAACACAGAAAAGCUAUUUCGACAGAAAAUCAAAGGCAAGUCCUCAAGCCUCUCGAGGAAGGUGAUGUGGUUCGUCUACAACCAUUCGACAACCGUAAAGCCCCUUGGGCUAAAGGUCAAGUAAUCCGUCGUCUAGAUGACCGCUCUUAUGAAGUCAGUUCUGUAGACCACAAAUACCGGCGCAAUCGAGUGCACCUUGUACCUACCUACGCAUCUUAA